UCUUUCGUCUCAUCUCCCAUCUAUCCACUUCACCCCUUUCCUCAGCCCGUCGACGAAACCACCCGACUGAACAGACGGCCCCAUCAUGAACGACGAGAAUAUGGUGCAUUCGAAGGCGCCUACACGCGCUCGCGUUCCCGGAGGUUUGAAGGAGGCCAACCCGGCCUUCGCCAACUCUCGUUCGGGUCUUAUGAAGCCCGGUACAAUCGCCAAACAGCCCUCCAAUCUACCACAACUAUCCCGCUCAAGAAGCACAACGCAAGCCCCUGAAACCAGAAAAACCGGACCCGGGGGGACGACCACGUCCAAGACCGGCAAUACCACGACCCGCGCACACACCCGAGCAAAGUCCGUCGCAGCUUCAACCAGAUCUUCGUCGCGAACCGCCACUACCACACGACAACCAGCUCGACCACAGUCGGCCCUCGGUGGUCCUCGCAAACAAACCGGCCCCUCGAUCCCCAGACCCGCUACGUCCUUGGAUUCCCACGAUGAAGAGACCGCUGGAAGUGUUUUGGGCAAACGAAAGGAUGCCGGAUGGGACCUAGAACGUCGAGAGAAACAUAUGGAGGAGUUGAUGAAUACCUUCAUGACCCAGGUUGGCAAAGCCGGGCAGGAUAGUUUUGGCCUGAAAGAAACUGUUGAGCUGUACAAGACACGAGGUGAGUGAAGUGUUCUGCGAUCGACGGGAAGGGGCAGUCUAAUAAAUGACUUGUGCAGUGAACGAGUUGGAAACAUCCAAGGAUCAAUUGUCGGACAAGAACCUUACCCUACGCGUGGAACUCGAGACGGCCAAAUCCCGAUUGGAAACGAUGGAGAACGUAUUAAAAGAAACGCAAGAAGAGCACGAAAACGAAUUGGAACGCAUGAAUAAACGGCAGCGCAUCGAGGUGGACAACGCAAGAGAAGAGAGCAAGAAGCAGGUGGAAGCGUUAAGCGCUCAGCAAGAAGAGGAAAACCGCGAACUCAAGCGUCGAUUCGAGCGUGACUU